GAUUUACAACUCAGGUGCACAAUGUCUAAUACCAAUGUAUUCCAGGUGUAACUAUGGGUGGGAUGGCCCACUGUGUGACAGAUGCCUCCCAUACCCGGGAUGUGUUCACGGUACCUGUACUGAGCCCUGGCAGUGCACCUGUGAGAAGAACUGGGGUGGGCUGCUCUGUGAUAAAGACCUGAACUACUGUGGGACGAAUCAGCCCUGUAAGAAUGGAGGAACCUGCAUGAACACAGAGCCAGAUGAAUACGACUGUGCUUGUCUUGACGGCUACUCCGGCAAAAACUGUGAGAUUGCGGAGCACGCUUGCCUCUCUAACCCCUGUGCCAAUGGAGGGACUUGUCAUGAAGUCCCUUCAGGCUUUGAGUGUCACUGUCCUGCUGGCUGGUCUGGACCAACCUGUGCUGAAGACACAGAUGAAUGUGCCUCUGCCCCCUGUGCUCAUGGAGGGACCUGCAUUGACAUGGAGAACGGCUUUGAGUGCCUCUGCCCUGUGCAGUGGACAGGAAAGACCUGCCAGAUUGACAUUAACGAGUGUGGGGGAAAGCCUUGCCUCAAUGCUUAUUCUUGCAAAAAUAUGAUUGGUGGAUAUCACUGUGCCUGCUUUCGUGGAUGGGUGGGCCACAACUGUCACAUAAACAUGAACAGUUGCCAUGGACAGUGUCAGAAUGGAGGCACCUGUAAGAACACAGCCAGAGGCUACCAGUGCGUUUGCCUGCCAGGUUUUGUGGGUCGGCACUGUGAGGCUCAGAGGAACCAUUGCUCUAGCAGUCCUUGCAGAAAUGGUGGUCGCUGCCAUGUGCAUCUGGAAGGUUUUGUAUGUGACUGCCUACCAGGGUUCACUGGAACCACCUGUGAGGUGAGGAAGGUGCAAAAUGAUCCUUGUAAUCCAAAUCCUUGCCAAAAUAAGGCUCAGUGCAACAGCCUAGCUGGUGACUUCUACUGCAGCUGCCCUGAUGAUUAUGAGGGCAAAACUUGUUCUGAGCUCAAGGACCACUGCAAGACCAACCAGUGUGAAGUGAUCGACAGCUGCACUGUUGCCGUUGCAACCAAUGAUACUCAACAAGUGUGGCACAUUUCAUCAAAUGUGUGUGGGCCACACGGCCGUUGCAUUAGCCUGCCUGCCGGGAACUUCAGCUGUUCCUGCGAUCUGGGAUUCACUGGCACCUACUGCCACGAGAAUAUCAAUGACUGUGCAUCAUACCCAUGUAAAAAUGGAGGCACCUGCAUAGAUGGGAUAAGCUCCUUUGAGUGUGUCUGUCCAGGCGGCUGGGAGGGUGACCUCUGUGAUGUUGAUGUGAAUGAGUGCAGCAGCAACCCCUGUCAGAAUGGAGGCCAGUGCGUGGAUCUAUUUCAUGAUUUCUACUGCAACUGCAUAGACAACUGGAAAGGGAAAAACUGUCACUUACGUGAGAGCCAAUGUGACUCCAACACAUGCAGGAACGGUGGGACUUGUUAUGACCGUGGAGACUCGUUCCUGUGCCACUGCCCAUCAGGGUGGGCAGGAAACACCUGCAACACAGCUAAGAACAGCACUUGUGAUUCGGAUCCAUGUGAGAACGGAGGAACAUGUGUUGGAGGAGAACUUUUCACCUGCAUCUGCAAGGAUGGCUGGGAAGGGCCCACUUGUGCACAAAAUAUCGAUGACUGCAAUCCACACCCUUGUUACAACGGUGGCAUCUGUGUUGAUGGUGUGAAUUGGUUCCGCUGCGAGUGUGCGUCAGGAUUUGCUGGACCAGAUUGCCGCAUCAAUAUAAAUGAGUGUCAGUCGUCUCCCUGUGCUGAAGGCUCUACAUGCAUAGAUGAGAUCAGUGCCUACCACUGUGUCUGCCCUCCUGGACAAGCUGGACCUCAGUGUCAGCAGUUCACGGGACUUGGAAAGUCAUGCCGCCACGCUGGCCUGCAGUAUCCUCACAGCAGUCACUGGGAGGAGGACUGUAACGCCUGUCAGUGUGUCAAUGGCGAAGUUCACUGUUCCAAGGUGAAGUGCGGUCGUCGCCCCUGCAUCCUCCCAAAUGCUGUUUUGCCUUCAGUCACCAGCCAUCAGCCCUGUCCUGGAGGCCUUGAGUGUGUGAAGCAUCCAUUCCUCACAUGCUUGUCUCCACCAUGUCAUCAGUGGGGCGUGUGCUCAACACCUGACCCUCCCACUCCUGAGCAUACCCAGUGUGAGCCCCAUAGUGGCUACCUGGACAACAGCUGUGCUCACAUCACUCUCAUCUUUAACAGGGACAAAGUGCCACAGGGCACUGCUGUAGAGAACAUCUGCUCUGAGCUGAGAUACCUCCCUGUGACUCAGAUGCUGGCUGUGGACCGAACACUGAUCAUCCUCUGUGAUUUGUCCUAUUAUACAAGAAAUGCUGUGGAGGUUGCCAUGUCUUUUGAAAUGGAUGGACAAUUGAAGGACAACGACUGUGGCUAUAUCCAGAAUGCAGCAGCUGCCAUUACUAGUGCAUUGUCCAAAUACCACAACAGCACCAUCCUUCAAGCUGUAGUGGAGGCCAGAGUGGAGAUGCAGGCUGAAUGUCGAGCUGAAGGUUUUUUAGUCCCUGUGCUUGGAGUUGUCUUCAGCCUCCUCUGGGUCUUCUGCCUUGUUGUCUGUGUUUGGUGGACCCGUAAAAGAAAGAAAGAGCGAGAGAGAGCCGCCCUGUCCGAAGACACCACCGUUAACAACCAGCUGGAGCCCCUGCGGAGCAAUACCCCAAAAGAAAACCGAGACAAAGACAUUCAGUACGAAUGCAAGAAAUUAAUAGGCCCCUCUGACAGGACAUGUGAUGAGGCUGAUGAGGAGGAGCAGGAGCUGGAGGAAGAUGAGGAGAUGGUCUUGGGAUUGGGGGACAAGUGUUUGUCUCACAAGUGUCCCAUAGUGGGAGCUCAGGACAGGAGCACCAUCAUAAAGGCAGAGGUGAUGUGCAUGACACGCAGCGGCCCAGUGAAGGCACCGCAUCGGACGGCAUACAACCCCAAAGACAACCGAUGUAAAAACCUGAAUGCAGCCAAGUUUAGCGAGGACAUUACAGACCUCUGUGUGUGAACAAAUAAAUUCAGCGUCACAGACUUUAAAACUUUUGCACCACAAAUGAAGACUGCAGAUGCUUUCAUUUUCUGUUGAGUUUAUAAUGCCUUGUUUAAGUCUUUUAUUUGCAGCUGGAGGCUUUUUUAAAUCAAGAAAGAAACUUAUAAAACAGCAUGAAAAAAACAAGUGCUUCAGGGAUUAUGGAGUCCACAAGCUUCACUUUUUGGUUCAAAACAUUACAGGGAAGCUGAAGCUUUCUGUUUUUAUCAUUAAGGUAGCUGACUGCUUUUACCUUCAGCCCAAACCCUGACAUCUAAACAAAAGAUUUACAUUGUGUGCAAGUUGGCAUAUUAACCUGGCUGACUGAUGCAUAGAAUAGCUUUUUUCUCUAAUUUUUUAACUUUUUUAUUUUUGUUGAAGCUUGGAAUUUCUGGCAUUUGUCUUUUUAAAAUGAGAAUUGUCUCCUGUUUUACUACACAGUGAUCUUUCAGUAUUUCUUUUUUUAAUUAAAGUGCCUUGAACUGCUAACUUCUCCCUUCCUUACAAUAGAAGAUUCUUAAUACAUAUAAAGGGAAAGUGGCUAUAAUCACAAACAUCUUGCCUCUAACGCUUGUUUUAUUGUGAUGUACAGAACACUUGUAAAUAGGACAGAAAUUACUGUGUAUAUUUGAUUUUAGUAAGUUAAGAGAUUUUUAAGAAUAAGGCUUCCUGUAUGUUUGGAUUUUUAUGUCAUUCCAUUUAUUAAUGGGAGAUUUUAUUUGAAUCAUUUUCAGAUUUUGUAAAUUCUCAAACCUAAUUAUUAAUACUGAAUUGUUUAAAGAGUAUUUGUUCCUCUUAUUAAAGUGCAAAUGCUACAUUUGUUUUAGCUCUGCGAAUGGUUGUACAAGCUACUUUUCAUAUUUAGUUUUGGCAUAUUUGAGCUAUCAAAAUGAUAUGUGUUUUUUCAUCCCUUCCUGAAUCCAUGUUCCCAAAAGUACAUUUUGUUCU